AUGGAGGAGGAGAUUUUUAAGUGUGUUAAGGUAAGGAUUUUGGGUCAAAAUUUUGAAAUUGGAAUUAAGAUCCAGCUUUCCAAAAUUCUCAGAAUCUCAUCUCAACCCGCCCAAACUCCACCAAACUCCCCAAACUCUCCAUUCUACCCUCCCCAAAAUCCCUUGAAACCACCAUCGAAUUCUGCGAAAACAUCGAAGAAUGUUCGCAAAAAUAUCAACAACAAUGCGGAAAUCUACUGGAAUCUCACAAAAUUCUGCCAGAUUGUCAAUUCCUCCUAUUCUACACUCACGAAUUUUCGAGUUGCGCCGAAAAAUUGUGGGAAUCUCCGGGAGGACAAUCGAGUGCCUUCGAGAGAUUUUUGAGGAGCACACAAAUUUGGUAACUUUUUUUCUAUUUUUCCAGUGACAAAUGACGUCAUAGAUCUCUAUAAUUAAAAAAAAGUGAAAAAAAGUACACAUUGAUUUGGAACUAAUUUGGUCAAGUGUACGAUUUUCUUGAGAAAUUUCGAUUUUUCCCAGAUUUUCAAAAAAAUUUUGAAACUGUAGUUUCUUGAGCGUACUGUUGGGCAUCUGAAAAAUUGUAGUCCUACAGUACUUCAAGGCACAGUAUCCCUGUAAUUUUUCUCAAAAACAAAAUCAAUUCUGAAGUUCUAUGAUUUUUUUCAAACUACAAAACUUGAACUACAUUUGAUUUAUCAAAGAGAGAAUUAAUUCGAUUUCGGAAUCGCAACAUAAAUUACCACACUUUUCCCAAUGUGAUUUAUUUUUUACCGGAAAAUAGAAACCAUUUUUUUCAAGAAGAAGCGGAAGUAAAAAAAAACUUUUUAACUGUUUUAAAAUAACUUCCUUUUAAAAAAUUUCUAAAAAUAAUUUAUUUCCUGACUCUUCAAAUUGAAGUUUUGAGAAUCUAAUUUUAUGAGAAAAAAAUGAUGUUGAUCUACCAAGAAACAUUUCUGAUCUUUAAAAAUCUCUAUCAAAUCAGACACGCGCGGGAUAUAUUUGAUAACAGAAAUUUGUGUGCCUGAUUUAUGAUCUACCCAUGAAUUUUCACGAAAAGUCAAAAAAUGUUGAAAUAACAUUGCAGGUCAAAAUUAGUUUUUCGAGUUUUUCAGCCAAAAAUGAUGACAAAUCAAUAUUUUUAAGCUUCUGGAGUAACUUCUGAUUAAAAUUGACCUUGGAAUUCACUUUCCAGAGGGUUUUGCUGAUUUUUCGUAAAAUAAAAAAUUCAAAUUUUGAUGAAUUUCGAAAAAAUUCAUUAAAAAAAUCAGCAAAAUAGGGUUCUGGAGAAGCUUAAUUUUCAUCAGAAAGUACUCCAGAAGCUUCAAAAAUAUUCGAUUUGUCAUUAUUUUUGGCUGAAAAACUUGAAAAACUUAUUUUGACCAACAAUGUUUUUUCGACAUUUUUUGAUUUUCGUGAAUUGAUCUUUCGAUGUUAAAAAAACAUUUUUAAACAUUUUUCUCGUUCGUGAAUCAGCCCUAACUUUGAAUCGUAUCUAGAAAACUUUUGAUCUACCAGAAUUUUAACAUGAUUUUUACAAACUUUUUGAUCUAUCAAAAAUUAAAUUUCUGGAUGUUUAUCUACCAAAAUGUUUUGAUCUACCAGAAAUCUAUCAAUAGUUUCAUUUCCCAUCCUGAAUCACAUUCUGAAGAUUCUGAAGGCCACCCUGGACCAAUUCCCUCCCAUUCAAAAACUCCUAGUUUUCUGAUCUACCCCAAACUCUGCCAAAUAUCAGACCCGCUCCCAAAAAUGCGAUUUCUGGCGCCAAUCAUCAUCAUCAUCCGAAUCAUGUGUCAAACAAUCAAUCGAAUCAAAAUGCGAUGACCAUCGCGAACAUUUACAAAACGAUUUUUCGAAGGUAAAAAAUCACCGCAAAAAAAACUUGACCUUCAAUUAUUUUUCUCCCCCAAAAUUUUUUGUGUUGUUUAUCAAUUUUCUCAUUUCUCUUUGUCUCUUUAUUUUUAUUGUGUGCGUUUUUCUGAAAAUCUUCUGAAAAUAUUUUGCUGAUUUUUUUCAGCACGCUCAACUUCUCGAGGAGUUUUUCUGCAAUUCGGAAUAA